AUGUCCGGAGUGAUUCCAACGGUCCUAAGUCCUGCGCGGGUAUCUCAGGCACUCGCGUCCGCGGGCCCGCCAGCUGGCAGCGGCGGCCUUCGCAUCAGCAGCACUGACCCGCUGGCUCCUGGCAACGGCAUCGAAACCCAGCCCCGACUCAGCGGCAGCCGACCGAAAUCAACCUCCCCAUCACGCGCCAUAGCCAUGGCCUUCCCCUCUACUACUACGUGCAUACCCGGCAGCCCUUUUAGCGCUGACGCCUCCCCUAUCCCCAUGGCUCCGUCCCCAGCUGACGGCGGCGGUGGCACCACCGCUGGCGACAGAGGUAGCGGCUCCGGAACCGGCGAGCCCAGCUCAACUGCCACCUCCGCCCGCAGCCUCAAUGGUCGCCAACGGCUGCCAGCGAGCAAGUCUUUCCGCGGCAACCGUCCAGAUUCCCCUAAGGCUAACGGCGGGAGGGUCCAGCUCGCGGCAGAAAGCUCCGCCAACUCUCUAUCCACAGCCCAUGUCGGCGGAAAUGGUAAUGGCGGAGGCGGAGGCGGCGUGUCUAGCCCGGGCCAGCGAGCCACGUACAUGUCCAGCGUCCUUUCCGCACGCGGCAGCCGCGGCGGCCUGGGCCGUGAUCGCAGCUACGCCGGCAGCGCUUCCAGCGCCACAGGAGGUUUGCGGCUCAACCAAAGCAGCAUGAGUGGCGGCUAUACGGGAGGGCUGGAGUCCCUAGGCGGGCUGGGAGGCCGCGGAGGGCCUGCCGUUGGCUUGCAGCCCGCACCGGGCACUGUCGGCGGCAUUGACGUGUCACGCCUGGCGGCAAUCCAACGGCUGCUUGACGAGUACGACAGUGAUGAGGCUGCUGACGUCACGUCGCCUCGCCCCGAAGGGUCGUCGUACAGGCGCCGCAGCGACUCGCACAGCGGCGAGGGCGGUGUACGUCACCGCGGGUCUGACUCCGACUCCGGCACGGGUUCCGCCUCAGGUUUGCGGUCGCUGGUGUCUUUGCGGUCGCGGAAGGACAUGCAGAACUGGCAGCCGACCGUGUCCGCGAUGAAAGGCAGUCUGGAGGAGCACCAGCAGCGGUUGAGGGAGCGGGCAGAUGUGACGCAGCACCUGAAGAGGUGGACGGAGCAGGUGCUGGAGGACGCGAAAAGGGCCGCGGCGGGCGGGACCUCCAGCCGCGCCAGCGACAUUGUACGAGCCGCGUCAGUGAGGUUUAAGGGCGUGGACGAGGACCACCCCGAGUCCUCCUCCCCUUCCUCGCCUUCCCCGACCCCGGGGGUUGGACGAGCACCCCUGGAGCUUGAAUUUGUGGAUCCUGAUCAGGAGCUGGAUGACGAGGAGGAGAGGCGGAUGGAGGCGCUGAUGGCGCUGCCGCCCAACCCCCGCGGCCUGGGGGCGCAGCUGCGGACGCACUUCAUGAACGUGGUGGAGGAUGAGGUCAACAAGAAGAUCGAUGCGCUCCGUGCCAAGUGGGAAGCCGAGAAGUGUCACGAGGCGGAGGAGCUCCGGGAGCUGAAGGAGAGCUACCGGGAGGUGCGGCGUCACUACGUGGAGACCAAGGAGGCGCUAGAUAAGGCCAACACGCGACUGGAUGUCAUGAAGCUGCAGAUGAAAGCUACGGCGGCAUUAAAUAAGGUCUCCAAAGAUGCAACAGCGGCAGCCGCGACGGCCGCCGCCGCUGCGCCUGACGGCGACGGCGCCGCCACCGCUGCUACGGCGGCCCCCGCCACCAAGGGCGGCCGCGGGUCGCGGGUCAGCACCCACGACGGCAGUGAAGGCAAGACCGGCGGCAAGGGCGGCAAGGGUGGCGUCGGAGUCGGAAAUGCCAUCUCAUCCGCCGAGAACGGCGCCGUAACAUCGGCGUUGGCGCCCGGCGCCGCCGGCGGGCAUGACGACGACCUGCACGACAAGCUGAAGAGCAUUGGUAGCCGCCGCCCCACAUCCCCCACCGGUGACGGCGACGCGGCCCAAGCCGCCAGUGCGGAGCUGCAGCAGCAGCUGCGGGCGCAUGUGGACGCGGCGAUGAACCUCAAUCGCAAGCUUCAAGACGCGGAGCAGCAGCUGGCCAAGCUCAAACUGGAUAAGACAUUGCUGGAGCAGCAGCUGGCGGCGGCAGGGACUCGAGGCGGCGGCGCCGGUGAGCCCGGCGCUGCUGCUGCCGCCAGCGGCGGUGGUAAGUACGACGCCGACGUCCAGAUCUUCAAGCUUAAGCAGGAGAAGGCCUCCCUGGAGCAGCAACUGGCGGCGACUAAGUCCAAAUCGUCCUCUAAGGGCGGCAAGAGCGGCGGCGGCGCCGCCGCCAAGGGCGGCGGCAGCUCCUUCCGCGCCGGUGGCAAGGCCGGCAGCGGCGGCGCCGCUGCAGCAAAGGUGGCGGAGCUGACGGAGGACGUGGAGCGGCUUCAGAUUGAGCUGGCGGCGUCGAAGCGGGUGGCGGCGAACAGCUCGAAGGAGGCAACGGAUCGCCGGAUGGAGCUGCAGAAGGCCAAGGACGACCUCUCGGCCACGAAGGCCAUGCUGGACAUGGCGAUGCAGCAGAUUGAGAGCGUCAAGGAAGCCCUGGCAGGGGAGAAGGAGCGUGCUGACCGCGCCGUCGCAGCGGCGGUGGCGGCGGAAGAGGCGCAGGCGGCGGCGCAGGCUAGCGCUGCAGCCGCCAACUCAGCUGCGGCAGCGGCGCUCGUCAAACGGUCCGCCGCCACCGGCGAGGUCCAGGAGCUUCUAGAAAGAUUGGAGAAGGAACGCGACGUGGCGCUGACGGCCGCUGGUGAGCUACGGCAGCAAGCCCGCGACCUAUCCAACUCGCUUUCGGAGCGAGCGGAUGAGGUGAUGCAACUGCGCGAACAGCUGAUGCAGCGCCAAAUGGAGAGCAGCACGGCGCCGGAGGCGGCGCCGCCAGAGCAAGCCGCGGCGGCGGCGGCGGCGCCGCAGCCGCCGAUUUCGCCGGCGGCGGGGUCCAAUGGUGUUGGCGGGCCGCACAUCCAUUCCAAGGUGACGGCGGCGGCGGUGGCGGCGAUGCAGAGUCUUGGCGUAUCGCUGCGUCAAGUGCCGGUAGUGGCGCGGCGGCGGCCCACCAGCGCCGUGGGCCCCAGCGGCGCCGCCAGUGUCGGACUUGACAGCGCUGUUGGCGUGGCAGCGGCGGCGGCCGCGGCGGCGGCGCUUAUUCCGGCGGUGCUGGAAGUGCUGCGGCAACGUAUUCCAGAAAUGGUGAUGGCGCUGGAAGCUGCUGCGCCGUUUAUCGCAUCCACCUUUGUGGACUUAAUGCGAGCUGAGUUGCUGCAAGGUGACGGCCGGGCGGCUGUGGCAGCGGACAGCAAUGCUGACGCGGGUCCUGCCGCCGCCGCGGCCGCCGCCACUGGUGCCGCAUCGGCCCGCUCCAGACGCCCCGAAAACAUCAUGGCUGGCGGCUUGCCCUCCCAGGAGCUGGUCUCGGAGCAACUGGACAAGCUCUCGGCGCUGGGUAGCGACCGAUUGUACGUCUUCCGCAACGGCACGCCGCCGACGGCAACACCGGCCGCAGCCACAGCUGACGGGGCCGGCAGCGGCAGCGGCGGCCUCACCGUCACAUUCGCUGACGCCGAUGCGGGGCCCCCGGGCGGCCCCGCUUCCGCUGCAGCGGCAUCUCGCCCCCCCGCGCCGCCGCCGCCACCCGUUGUGGUGGACGGAGUCACGUUCUAUCCGCUGGGUGUGCGGGAGUCACCGAAGUCGAGCCGCCGCACCGGAGGGUCGACGAUAGCAGCGAUGUCGCCGGACCCCAACGCGCUUCCUCCGACCCCCGAGGGCCGCGAAGAGGAGGGGGAGGACAGCGACGGGACGGCGGCCACUGCCACCACCGCCGCUGUCGGAGGCGGGUACCGAGCCCAUGCGAAUCGGUCGUCUUAUCACGACCGCGACGCCAUAUUGGAGUCGUACGGAAGCAUUUAUCUGGACCCGGAGCUGGCGUCGGUGCUGCAAGUGGGGCGGGUGUCGCCGAAGGCGGCGCGGGCCGCCGGCGCUGGCCGCGGCGCGAUUAGCCCGGAGGCCUUAGGCCCCAGUCUGCGGGACCGCGCCCUCAGUGCGCUGCAGGCUCCGGAACCCCUGCCGCCGCCACGUCAGCGGCCCCAGUCGGCAGCAGUCCGCACAAUCGACGCCGCCCGGCAGGUCAUCGCGCACCACGGCGGCGGCGUACUGCGGUUCGGGCAGUCGGCGCGGCCUGUGUCGGCCGUGUUGCCGCCCGUACGAGCCCUCACCGCUAACCCCCAGAAGGGAGUGCAGCUGGCCACGAGGCUGCGAGGGCCCCGGCAGCAGUCUGGCCGCGUAUCGGUGCGCUGGAGCCAGCAGGGGGGGGAGGAGGAGGAGGAGGCAGCGGUGGCGGUGGCGGGGGGGGCGGCGGUCACCGGCCGACUGGUGCCCGGGCUGGGGCUGGGGCCGCCCAUGCGCGAGGUUCAGCUCCACACGGGUCUCCACGGGCCCCCCGCCGCCACCUACCUGGUGUCGGGGGAAGCCAGUGCCGGCCCUGGUCCCAGCGGUGGCGGUGGUGGUGGCGACGUGGUCGCUGAUGAGCUGCCCACCACCGGCCCCCAGUUGGCGGCUCUGGCCCGAGAGCUCAUGGCGGCUCAGGAAAAGGCGGCGCGGGAGCUCGAGGCGGCGAUGGGGAAGGGCAUCAUCGUCUUCCCCUUUGGUGUUCCCCGAAGGGGAUGA